GAAAAUUCAAGAAGGAUGGAGACAAACUAUAUGGCUCUUCCCCCAACAGUUCCUUCCUGCCUUUCUGCUUUCUCUUCCUCUCAAGUUAACAUCUACUGCCAUAAGGACCACAUGGCCAGGGCUGGUGUCAUCCACAGUGGGCUUACCACCCCACACACAUCAACAAUCAACCAAGAAAAUGCCCUACAGACUUGUCUGCAGUCCGGUGUGAUGGAGGAUGCAAGAACCAGCCCUGUGUGUUUGGGACCUGGCACAAGGACAUUAUUUGGAGAUCCCUGCUUGUUUUAAGUGCUGAAUUUGAACUAGAGAGAAGAAACUAGAAGGCAAAACCAUCACUGUAAUCCAACAUCUUAAACUGACUUUUCAGCAGUAACUUUUCUUUUUCAGUGCUGGGGAUAAAGGAAUAACGCUCAUGGCCUUGUGCAUGCUAGGCAAGUAAGUGUUCUGUUGCCGAGCUACAUCCACACCCCUUAGCUGUAACUGUAGAAAGAGAUGCUCUGCAUCCAGUGCAUACUGAUUGAUUUUCAAGAUACCCAGACUAUAAACAUAGACCAUCUCAAAUCCCUGUUGAAGACUGAAUAAUUAUGUAUUUCAGAAUUAGUUUUCUGUUUUUAAUAGACUUAUUAGUAGGAACAGACGACCAGUAGCAAAAACUGGCUAUUUUAACAUCUGCAUCGAUCAUGGUCAUGGGGCACCUGAGUGUUCAUACCCAUCUGUGUUUCAGGCAUUUUGCCCAUUGUUUAGAUCUAUGCCAAUUUCAAAGGUCACAUGUAAAUCAAAAUGGGCAAUAUGUAUUCUUUGAGGUAUAAAUAAUAUAUUUUAUGAUUUCUUUGAAUUAUGUUUGUAGAAAGACCUUUGUUAACUUAAAAUAACUUCUAUUAAGUAUAGAAAGCAAAAUACUAGCAAACUCCUUCAGCUUACUAACAGAGUCAAUUUGUUCAAGUUGUUAAAAUUAGAAAAAAUACUAUAUAUAAAAAUACUUAAAAAUAAUUUAAUGUUAUUUGAGGGAGAGAAAGUGGCAUUUGGCACCUACUGAGAAUGAAAUGCUUUUACAUUUUUUAUAUGUAAUUCUCACAGUAGUAUAAAGUAUAUACCAUCCUUUGCUAAGAAAUAAUAAGAAAAAUCACUUACAGUACCUUAUAUACACAAUAGCCAACAUUAUUUGAAGCCUGUGUUCUUUUAACACUACCAUACCAUGUAAGUAGUUGGAAUCCAAACCCUCGGGCAAAUUGGGGGACUUGUAACAGUGAAUGAAGUCGUUUGUAUAAAUUUAAAUUUUCAUUAGCUAGAAGAUUGCCAUUCUGUAGUGGACAGCCCCUCACCCAUGUACAUAUGGUAAGUAUCAACUGGGCUUAGUAGGUUAUCAGAAAACAGAAAAGACACAUGGAGUCAGAGGGGGAAAUGAAGUGGGGAUGGAUAGAACCAGUUUUGUUGAAUACCUGUAUGAAAUUUUUGAGGAAAAAAAAUUGUUUGCUUGUUUUCAAUGGUUUACUUUUUCCCAAACACAAUACAUAAAACAAAUAAGAAUGUUUGAUGUGAGAGUUGCAGGGAGGGAGAGGGAAUUAUAACUCUUUUUCUUCUUGCCCCAAUUCUAUACCCAAUUAUCCAUUUAAUCAUUGAAGGAAUACUUACAAAUCAAAACACUCAAGAUGUGACUUUAAGAGCCUAUCUUGUAGCUGGAAUACUUGGUUGAUACUCUUUAAAUAUUAUAAUUGCUUUGUUUUGCUCAUGUACUGGUCAUAAUAAAAAUGUGGUUUAAAAAUGGA